AUGUCCGCCCACUAUAACCUCGAACCUCCCCCCACAGCCACCGUCCUCCUGCACACCACAGCCGGCGACAUCCAACUCUCGCUCUUCGCGCAGCAGACACCGCUCACGUGCCGCAAUUUCCUGCAGCACUGCCUGGACGGCACGUACGACAACCUCCCCUUCCACCGCAUCGCGUCGGACUUUGUGAUACAGACCGGAGACCCUACGGGCACGGGGGACGGCGGACAGAAUAUCUACGAGGACGAUGAGUUUGAGAAGUACGACGAGCGCUGGGCGCGGUUGCUGGGGCGCGAGGAGGGCGACAAAAUCGUUUUCGGCGAUGAGGUGCAUAGUAGGUUGAAGUUUGGGAGGAGGGGUUUGCUCGGCAUGGCUAAGGAUGCCGAGGGAGGGUAUGGAAGCCAGUGGUUUGUGACGUUGGGAAAUGUGGGUAGAGAACUGGAUGGACGGUGUACGAUGUUUGGACGCGUGGAAGGAGAGGGUAUCUACUCGAUUGUCAGGAUUGCUGAGGGGGAGGUUGUUGAAGGAACGGAGAGGCCGGUGUACCCCGAACGGGUUACUGGGGUUGAGGUGUUGGAGCUGCCGAAGGGCGAGGCGUGGGCUUCUAUGAAGCCCAGGCAGAAGGUGGCACAGAGGGUGGCCGAGGAGAAGAAGGAGACGAAGAAGCCUGUCAAAAAAGGGAAGAAGGCAAAGGCCAUGCUGAGCUUUGGAGACGACGAGGCAGAGUCGGACGUGGUUAUCAAGCCCAAGAAGGCCAAGUUCAACACCGCGCUCAUUGAUGCAUCGACGACGCCGGAGGCAACGAAAGCGAUCGGCAAAGUUGCUGCCAACAAAGCCACUCCAGUAUCGCAACGACGCUCACCCUCACCACAACAACCUACACCCACUGUCCCAGCCAAGCGGAAAGCCUCGACAUCAGACGCACCGCCCUCGCCCACUCACCACCGCAAACCCUCCUCCCCAGACCCGUCAAUGCAACUCCCGCUCCGCAAUCCCGAAAUCCCAUCUCGCUCCCCGUCUGUCAGCCGCUCCACCUCCCCUCCAGGGCGCGACCUCUCCGCAACCCAGACUAAAGCCGCGCUCGACGCCCAAAUAUCCGCCCUCAAAGCCUCGAUGCGCCGCCCCACCACCACAGUCGGCGAAGUCAGCCGCAAGCAAUCCGCACUCGAGGCUCUCAUUCCCGCCACAUCAACGCGCGGGCGCAAGCGGCCCCGGCCUGGAGAUGCUGGCGCCGGAGGCCGAGAAGACGCCAAGGCGCUGAAGAUGCUGAACGCGUUCCGGACGCGCCUUGAGGCCGCGGACAGCACCGACCAUACACAGCCAGCCGUCGGGAAAGGUCAAAAUGGCAGGAGCAAAAGCCACGCCGUAGCCUCCGACGGCGACCCAACCCUCCCGGCCACAGGCGCCGGCCCAAACGCUCCCGCCGUCGACGCGGAAACCCAAGGUGACGAAGAAGCCAAGCUGUGCGACCUGCACUUCAUCGCCAACUGCCUAUCGUGUUUCGCGGCGGAUGCGGCCGAGACGGCCGAGGAGGAAGACAACGAGAAAAACAACGACCGCGGGUUCCUGGGCCAUCAACUGACGUUUGCGAAAGAUGUCUUGGGGAAGGACGGAGAGUGGCGUAAGCGGGAGAGGAAUCGGCGCGUGGAGGACGAUGAUGGCGGGCUGGUGGUGCUUGAUCCGCGGGUGAAGGAGAAGGAAUUGAAGAGGGGCAACAAGAAGAAGGAGAAGGGAGGGGGAAGGGAGUGGGAUCGAGGUCGUAGAUGA